AUGAGCACUCCAGCGAACCUUGCCCUUGAGGGCAAAGAUCCUCGUGAUCCUACUCACCCCGCUCGUCAUGAUAACCAGCCCAUAGAGACGCAACUGCUUCAUGGAAGUCACGACCCCAGUGUCACGUUCGAGGAGUAUAUCUACUAUGCGGCUAUUACUCGCGCGGAAGAGAAGAUUGCCAAUGAGAAGCACGUCGCUGCAAUGGGACCAAAGACUAUCAAGAGCGUUCUUAAAAACAGAUUCUCAAAGGGCCAUGUUACAACAGUCGCCUCGCCAACAGACCAUGGCUCUACAAACGAGAAGUCCGGCAUUGAUGUUGUGCCAACAUCUGCUGGGAACCAGAAUCUUGGACUCGUCUCUGAGGCAGAGUGGAAGAAUGCCUCUCGUGCGGUUCGUACGGCCGGCUGGAGCAGUGUCUUCUACCUCAUUACCACCGAUAUUCUGGGUCCAUUCUCUGUGCCCUGGGCGUUUGCUCAAAUGGGCUACGGCCCAGGUGUUGCUCUCUAUACCGUUUUUGGCGGCUUUGCCAUGUACUCUGGAUUCCAACUCUGGAAGGUCUUCAUGUAUAUGGAUUCUGAUCGAUAUCCAAUGAAGAGUUACGCCGAUGCCUUCUUCAGAGUCUAUGGUCGAUGGGCUCGCCAUUCAAUUAACAUUCUGCAAGCGAUACAACUUCUCUUCACCGUUUCGAUUUUGAUCCUGUCCAACGGUCAAUCAAUCUCUCAAAUAUCGAAAGCCAGUGUCUGUUUUAUCGCCUGCCUGGUCAUAUUUAUGGCUGCUGGUAUGGUGGUUGGACAGAUUCGAACCCUUCAAAGGUUCAGUUGGUUGGCGAAUUUUGCAAUCUGGAUCAACCUCUUGAUCAUCUUCAUUGUCAUGGGAGUUGCCGCAAACUCUGCUCCCAACUUCGUAGCCACUGAAGCUUCGUUCGGAUCUGAUUUCGGCCCUGGUCCGAUCCACAAGUAUGCCGGCACACCUCCCAAUGGCAUGGCAAGCGGAGGAACGGGCUUCACUGGUUCACUGAAUGGUCUUAAUCAAGCCGUUUAUAGUUACGGCGGAGCUAUGCUCUUCAUCUCUUUCCUCGCUGAGAUGCGUCACCCAUGGGAUUUUUGGAAAGGAGUUCUCUGCGCCGACAUCUUCAUCUAUGUUGUCUAUAUGUUUUUCGGUCUCUUUGUGUACUCCUACCAAGGCCAAUAUGCUUACAAUCCCGUCAUGCAAGGUCUCUCGCCAUACAAUUGGCAAACUGCCUGCAAUAUCAUGAAUAUUGUCACGGGACUGAUUGCAGCCGCGCUGUACGGCAACAUCGGCAUCAAAGUAGCCUACGUUGAAGUAUUCCAAGAACUCCUCCAUGCUCCACCCUUGACCACCAAGCGAGGCAAACUUAUUUGGGUCGCUCUGGUACCAGCAUACUGGGUUCUCGCUUGGGUCGUAUGUGCUGCUAUUCCACAGUUCAGUUACAUCUCUGGUCUUGUUGGUGCAGUCUGCAUCCUACAGUUCACGUACACCUUCCCAGCGAUCCUGGCCUUUGGAUUUCAGAUUCAGAAAGACGCCAUGACACCCGAAGAGCACUUCGAUCCUGCAACCCGGACAUAUCACGGCAUCGAUAGGGGCGUUAAGAGAUGGGUCAGAGGCUUCAUGGUCAAGUGGCAUUUGAACACAUUCAACUUUAUCUAUUUCUUAGGAGCAUUGUGCACUGCUGCUCUGGGGAUCUACUCGAGUUGCUUGGGCUUGAUAUCUGCGUUCAAUGGUGGGAGCCAGGCUACAAGCUUUGGCUGCAAGUCGCCAAGUGCAUAG